UGCGCCCAAAUCUUCCCUUUCUACCCUGUUCUUCAAGCCGCAUUAACAUUGAAAGAUAUCCUCUGCGCGUACGACGCGAGAAAGGGCAAGCCUGGGCUCAAGACCGGAGCCGUUGAAAGCCUGACGAGACGAGUGGAGGCUCUUGAAAGUGCAUCCAUUGCAGCGCGGCAGGUCGAUGAUGCAACUCCAAAUAAUGAGUCUACCGCUAUCGAUGGCCAAACCCAAACCCACCUAGCUGGAAGCCUUGGUGCGCUGACGACUGCGAUCCAAACAUUGUCCAACAAGAUCGAGUCUCUCGAUCAUACUCCUUUAGGGAACAGUGGAAUACCGACACUGACGGCAUCAAAAAGGUAUGCCGCUAGGGAAGAUGACGAGAACGCAUCAGAGAGACACCCCAAGCGUAUAAGGGUUCAAGACGAUCAUCAAGCUUCCCCCCUAAUUCCAUCGCAAGACUCUUCUCCCUCCGCCGUCUGGGAGUCUUCCGCUCAUCUACCAAUCGAACUCAUAAACGACGUCGUUCUCCUCUACUUUAUACGGAUACAUAAUUGGAUCCCGAUUUUGCACUGGAAACACUUCAAACAAAAGAUCCGCCAACAAGAGGGACGCGAGCAGUUUACCAUGAUACUCGACGCAAUGGUCGUCUCGACCUUGAAAUUUGUGGCACGGGAGAAGUAUAAUCUCUCUGGUGAUGAUGUCCAGCGCAUCUCGUCAAAGUGUCGGGAGUCUCUGCUUCUCAAAGCAAUGCAGUCUUUAUCUGUUGAGAACCUGCAAGCCUUGGUAAUCCUAGUCUUUACAGAUAUUGGAGACGGGUCCCCAUCCAAAGCUUGGCCGAUCAUAGGAUCCCUUUCCAGAAGCGUCGAAUACCUCCAGCUGAGCAUCGAAGAAGACGAAGCACGAUCACGACGCGUAUUCACACCUUAUUCGAUACUCUCGGCACCUUCCGGUUGGAUAGAAGAGGAGGAGAGGCGCAGAUUAUUUUGGGUCAUCUUUAAUCUUGACAGGCAAUUCGGUUGCAGCAUACUUCUUAAACGCGUGAUCAUGGAUGCUGACACUGUAGUUGAAAGGUUCUGCUCAAUUACUACCGGUUGGAAUACAAGUUUGACGGCCGAUGAUGUCUCUCGCAGGUUGCCCGCCGAUGGCACUUGCUUUUACAUGGAAACCCCUGUCUCAACCCCGUUCUUUGGCAUCUGGGACAAGUCGGCUGCGAGUAUGGGCAAUUCUGUUGCGUUCUUGCCUGCCAUAGGAUCGGCAACAGCCACACGAGACAGUAAAAAUACCACUUCCACCAGCCCUGAAGACCUCGGCAAUGAUGGCGGCUCAAAGGUGCCCGCAGACUUGAAAUAUAUAGGUGGGCUCGCAUAUCUCAUUGAGGCUACGGAGUCGUUGAACCGAAUAGCCACCUGCUUUCUUCACCAAAACGUCAACUUUGGCGACCAGCGGGAAAUUGCGGCUUGGUUAACGAGAUUCAAGGAAUUAGAUCUUCGCCUAGUGCAUUGGAAAAUAUUCCUCCCCACCCGAUGGAAAGACCCAAACCGCGUUCCCAACACCUCUACGGGCCCCAAGUACCAUGAUCACGGCAUGACCCUCGCACACAUAACGCACAACACCUCAAUAAUCAUCUUGCACUCAUUGAUUGCAUACUCUGUUCCUCGGUGGUAUAAUCUUGUUCAGCUGCCCAGCUCUUCUAGUGCAGAGACCUGCCGGCUAGCCGCAAUCGAGACAACGAGUAUCGUGGGAAAGUAUUUGAGCUUUUGCCCAGAGGGGCUUAUAGUUGCCCCUCAACUUACUUUCUGCGUCUUUAUCAGCGCGAAAGCCCAUUGCUACAACGUGGUGCUUGCAGAUGAGUUUUGGCACAUCAUCAAAAUCUUGGAGCAGAUGGCGCGACGUUGGGCUGGGCUCGUACGUUACGAGCCAAAUUCUUGCCAUAAUCUGGCUGGGAUGUACGCAGAGCGGUUGCGUGUACUUCAGUCCCGAUGCGAAAAGGAUCCAGGUUUCAGAUUAGAUGUGCUGGACUAUUCCAGUGAUUUAUUCUCUACCGACACACAAGCGGAUGCCGUUCCCUUAGAUGAUGGGGUUGGCAAUGGAAUUCAAAGUGGAAUACGUCCCAUACCCCCAGUCGGCCAACGCUCAGGUUUACCGGGACGGAGAGAGGGGGCUAGGACUCCAGAACGGCUUGCCGUCAAUUGGAAUGACCAACCGUUCUUCAUGGACUCACCAGAGCCUGUGCCAUGUGACAGUUCGAGUGUCCCGCCACGUACGAUCCCCGCUCCCGCGGCGGGAGCGCAGACCGAGAAGCAAAAUACAUCCCAUGAGAUAGAAAGCGGUCCGGUGGCCAUCUCGCAAGCCUUCAUGGAUCAGAGUUUUGCAGCGUUGGACCGAGUGAUCGGUCUGGGGGACUCGCUCAUGGGGGAUGAUUAUAUGGCUGAACAACUAUUCACAAUGCCAUUGGAGGACUGGAGCCCUGAGAAUAUCCAUGCCGUAAAUGUCAGCGGAGGCGAAAAU